AUACAUAACUAACGUGUCUCGUGACUACAGUCUAUAAUAGUAAUAAAAUAAUAUCUCUAAAACAUUGAAGUUAUAUUAAACGAUCGCACGAUCGACUCAGUGCGAAUUCGUGAUUGAACUGCCAACGAUGUCGCCGUGUCGACUAUCUCUCGUCUUCUUCGGUUUUGGACUAACGGUUUUAUCCGUUUAUGGCGCAGUGCCGUCGGACGAUGUCGCAGUUUCCGAAUCUUUGAGUUCGCGGUAUCAACAUUCAUCAUGGGUUAAUAAUUAUGAUCCACCGCCACCUAGAAGAACUACAAGACAAGGAAAUCGUCGACCAAGACCGCCAACGCCUAACGGGGAAGAUCCAUUUGGAAAUCUCGAUCCACAAACAAACAACCAAGGCCAAUGGUCUAACGUAGGUAAUCAAAGACCUAACCAACCACAGAACUUUAAUAAUAGGCCGUCUAAUCAAAAUCAAUGGAGUACUAACGGUAAUAACCCUGGACAAAACCAGUGGGGUACCAACGGUAAUAAUCCCGGUCAAAACCAAUGGGGUACCAACGGUAAUAAUCCCGGUCAAAACCAAUGGGGUACCAACGGUAAUAAUCCCGGUCCCGGUCAAAACCAGGGACCAAACAGGCCAACUACUACUCAAAGACAACCGACUAACAAUCAAAAUGUAGUUCAAACUAGCACGACUGCACCGAACAGUGAAGAGGUAAACGAAGCUCAGCGCAACACAUGCAAUACGAACUGUAGAGAAAGGAUUACAAACGAAUACAAUCCUGUCUGUGGAAGUGAUUCUCAAACAUACCAAAAUAGAAGAUUUUUGGAUUGUGUCGCCAACUGUGGUAUACCCACUGAAUUCAGUUACAUCGGUACUUGCGUAACAACGACCGAACGCAUCAAUCGCGCAUUAUGAAAUUUCAAAAGAAUCACUGCUGUUCUUCUAUAAAAAUGCAGACAUGAAUAAUUAUUAUAUAAAUAUAUAUUUAAUUUUAAGAUAAUGUUUGUACGGUACACGUAAUUUACAAUGUGUUAUAUAUAAUUUGAUAAAAUGAUAACGACUGUUUUACACACAAUAUAUUUUAUAAAUUACCAAUUGGUUUUAAA